UUCCCCAGCCUCUCUUUCUACUUUAUUGUGCAUAAUAGCAAUUUCCUCUGCAGCAGACUACUGUGCAAGGGGCUCGGUGCAACAAGUUUGCAGGAGCCGUCAGUACAGGUUGACUUGCUUUGGCUGGAGCGAAGUGGGAGCUCUACUCAUCUAUCUGUCGCUGUCACCACCAAAGUCACUGUACGUGAACGCCGCGUCGCAGGCAGGCAGGCACACGCAGAACAGUGUGCCAUAAAUUCGUGACUCCGCGCCAGAUGCAGUUUGCUCCCAACAAGCGCGUGUAGUUGUAGUUAAAUGGAAACCGCGGAGGCAAAAGGAGCAUCUAAGUGCGUGGAAAAAAUGGAGAAAGAAGUGGCGCCUCAGAAGCGACAACAUUACCGCACAACAGUGGUAAACAUAAUCUCGUCUUUAUGCUCAGUGGCGUCCAUCGCCUUUUGCAUUCUUCUGAGCAUUAACACAGCUAAUAUUAAGAACCGGGUUCUGGAUUUGGAGAGUGGGAAUGACGAGCACACCUUUAUCCGUGCUCCUGGCUACUCCAUGGAUGAUUUGAAUUCAUUGAUUGAACAAAGAGUGGAUGAGCUGCUCUCUCAGCGCUCCUAUGAACAUUUUGUGAAGAUUCGGACUGCCAGACAAGCAUCAUCUGAAUGCAACUGUCCUCCAGGACCUCCGGGAAAGCGAGGAAGAAGAGGCCGCAAUGGAGAACCUGAUUCCCUCGACGAGCACCAGCCACUUGUGGUCGUCCGUUCCUGCCCAUUCUGCUCUGAUUACUCACAUCCCUGUCCUCCAUUAGUUUCCUGCCUUGAAAAAAAAACCUUCCCCCCAAGCCCACGGAGGCCCAGCAAUACGCGGUGGGCCUCCAGCAGAGUGGUGACAGAGUGGUGGUGGUGUUACUCCCAUGAAGCAGGCAGAGCAGUGAGGCGAAGCACUGGCCGGGAAGAAGCAGCUGCUGCAGGGCGACUAGCUCUCAGCUUCCUGCAGAGCCCCGACUGCAUGUCAAUGGCCUGCUGGAGUCUGAGCUAG